AUGCUUGGACCUCGCUCGCAAUUCACCUCCCAAACCGACAAACUUCAGACAAAGCAGCAUUCGACCACCGAAGAGGGCCUGGCCAAGGCCAUCACGGGGCCUCAUGCCCUGUAUACGACCGUGGAGCCUUGCUUCAAGCGUCUGAGUGGCAACCUCCCCUGUGUGGAGAGGAUCAUCCGACAGAGUUCCUGGAUCAAGACGGUCUAUGUUGGUGUUCAAGAGCCCGAGACUUUUGUUGGACAGAAUCCGGGGCGCAAAAUGCUGGAAGAUGCUGGAAUACAGGUCGUCCACGUCGAUGGCCUUGAAGACGAAAUCCUGGCUGUGGCCACAGCCGGCCAUGUCAAGGACGCUUGA